AUUACUGGGUGACCUUCUUGUCAGUCAGAUCUGCCCUGGGACAGCGACAGUGGUCCAUGCCCUUUGUUUGAAUAAUUCUGCAAACCUCUUCAUCUUAAUUUUAAACCCCACGCCCUCUUUGAUAAACUGGCGGGUGAUUUAAACCUGAUUCAAGUCUCCUUUGACUUUCUGUUAUUACAAAAAAUCCUGACUACAGAACAUGUCUGAAUCGGGAUACAAAUCAUUGCAAAAUCUACUGGAACACAGACCGUGGUCAGUACCCACGCAGUUACACUCCCCGGACAGAAAGCUGGAGGAGUGCUAUGGUCUGUCUGGGGCUUCUUUCACAGAACCUUGGCUGCUCCCAGGCUGCAACGGUGCUUACAAUAGCCUUGUGAGGAACCCAUCAUCUGGCACUAUCCUCCCGCAGCUUGGCUCAGACUGUUCUGGAGUGACCGAGGAAUCAAUGCUAUCAUCUCCAAAUACCCCUGAACCAAAAAGGUCUUCAGUCCUGGAGCGCUGUAUAUUCAAGCUGUCGACGGUCAGCGUUGGAGUGGGGACAGACGAUCUGGAUGGCAGAGGGACCCAUGAUGGCAGGACGUCCCGGAAACCCCUUGAUCUGUUAAAAUGUGAGGGCGAUGAGGCGGUUCUGAACAGGCGGCAGAAACAGAUUGACUAUGGCAAAAACACCAUUGGCUACCAGAAGUAUAUACAAGAGGUCCCAAAGAAGAUGAGAAUCCCAAAUGUACACCCGCAGACACCAAACAAAUACAAGAAGUACAGCCGCCGCUCGUGGGACAUGCAGAUCCGACUCUGGAGAAGAACCCUGCAUACCUGGGACCCCCCUGGAGAGAACCUGGACCGGCUACAACAUCUUUUGGACCAGAUGAGUGCUGAAACUUAUGAAAACUUCAAGGACAGCUGUGCUGACCAUCAGAACUUGUUUGGACCUGGGGAGAGGGAUUCCUUUCUAUCACAGGUCCCUGGAUUUCAAACUCAAGGCCUCUCCUAUGCUUUUGACAGCCGACUCCCUCUGGAUGAGCUCAUCAUGGGUUGGAUUCGAUUUCUCAUGGAAGUGAACCACGACAAUUAUCCGCUAGGGGGUUGCCAACCACAGCUUUCAUUCAACAGGGAUUGAAAUGAGACUUCCACUGUGCGGUCAUUGUUUUUGGAUAUUCCAGAUCUAUCUUCUUGUGCUCACCCCAGGCACGCCUUCUUCCUGGAAAUGGCAUUCGCAUUCUCCAACGUAGAAAGAAAUAUGUUCCAGUAGAUUGUCUUCAUAUAAUUUUCCCCAAAUCCAAGUGAAACUCUGUGUCUAUUGAUUUUGUAAUUCUGUGAACCACUAGAUGUCUCUGUUUCGUAAAGAAAGAGCUGUGCAGCGACAUCUGGAGUUAUAGCAGGACCAAGGGCUUCCUAUAAACAGAAGCGCAGCUAUAUUUCUGUAGACCGGGAAGGAGGGGAGGGGGGAAUAUAGCUGAGCAGGGGGUCGUCUUUCUCCCCGUUGGAGAUCCACAGAUGUUUCAAAUCAUCAUCUAAAAUAAAUUAGAAAAGCAGUUUGAUUUAGUAGCAGCAGUUUGGUUUUGGAGCUGCCUGUUCUUAUCAAGUGUACUGCUUUUAAAAUAGUUGAGUAUCUUAGCAACUUGACCUUUUUUAUAGAGUUGGUUUAUUUGUCGGUUUUGCAAAGUUUAGUGCUUUGGUGCACAAAAGGCUUGAUGUCUAAAACAGACUACUUCAUACCGAUUGCUUGGGUUUCCUGGCUGAAGCCUUUAAGCAUGUGGUAUGUGCCUGUCCUUGGAUUACUGGCCUGAUAUCCCUUUAUUUUUAUAUAUAUUUUUUAAACUCUGCUUUGAAGAUCUGUAGUGUAGUUCCUUAUGUGUUUUGUUUAAAUUUUAAAUUAAAAAAAUAAAUAAAUAAAAAAUCUAGUUGGGCUGGUUUCACAGACCCUGAUUUUAGCACUUCUGUCUGGAUAAGCUAACCUAAGGUAACAACAAAUAGUCUGAAAUUCUAAUCUGUGUUUGUGAAAUGGAUCUAUAUCCACUGUUGUUCCUAACUUCAGUACACUGAUGGCACUUACCAACACUUUUGUCUACGUGACUUGGUUUCUUAAGUUUUCCCUUGAUUUGUGUGUUUUAAGUUAUUGCUGAACAUCAUAAAUUACCAACUACAUCUUAAACCUAAUUCCCGGGCUGUUCCUGACCUAUUUUGGUUAUCGGAUUGUUUUCAUAUCUUAUUGCAAACCACAAGGUAAAUGCUGUAUUUAUGAAGCCAUUUUCAAACCACUGAACCUUUUUGAAGGCUCUGUCAUGUGCCUGUGCUAGAAUAUGCCAGAACUAUCCUGUAACUUUUGUUUUUUAAAUGUAUUUCUAGGAAAGCACCCAGUCCUUUAAGAGGUGGUUCUUCAUGCAUGCUUGUUUUAAGCUGUCGAUUUCUAGUGGUUGUGUUUGGGUUGUACCUUGUAUGUCAAGGUAUAGCCUAGAGUCGGCCUGGAGGAACCAAUCCAUUGAUGGGUCCAUAUAAAGCUUUGUUUGACAAGCACUGUCCCUAUUCUUAAGCCUAACACUCUUUCAAAGAGCAAGUCAGAAUGUCUGGUGUGUGUGUGGUGUGUGGUUAUUUAUUUUUCUUUCUUCCUUUCCCCUUCUCAAUUUCCUUUUCUUUAUUCUAAAGUAAAAGUAGUCCCUAUACCCUUUUAUCGUUUUAUUGUUUUUCUUUCAGCAAUACUGGUAAUGUCACGUACAGGAAAUUUACUUGCAAUCAUCUGUUUCGCAAUUUAUUGUAGAUUACUUUUUUUUUUCCGGUAUGUAAACUAAACUGUAUCAACUCUGUAGACCAGUGUAACCAUGUGGCCCAAAGGGAACAAAGCACUGUAAACUGGCAAUGACAAAGCAACAUGCAUAAUAAAACUAGAAUAAAAAAAUGAUUUCUCGUGAAGUACUGCAAUUUUGGUAUAGUGUGUGUGUUUUCUUUUAGGUUGUGGGAAAGCCAUUUUGGGAACAAGUUUU